ACUAAAUUCCAUCCACUGUACUGGAGAAGAAUCAACAAUCACUAACUGCAGUAGAGGAUCUCUAACAGUCUCCAACCACAGCAUGACAGGAGCCAUCUGCCACUCCUCAGAAGAUGAAAAUUCGAUUGGUAUUAUUAGCAACUGUACAACUGGUGGACUCAGACUAGUAAAUGUGAUCACUAGGAGGCCUAAUGCUCAAAGCUUUGAUGGAGUUGUCCAAAUGUGCAUAAAUGGACUGUGGAAGCCAUUGUGUCACAAUGAGACGACUGAUAAUGAGGCCAUCGGGAAAGUCACUUGUGACCAGCUUGGUUUCGGUAAACAAAGAAUCCAUUCUUCUAAAAGUAUUUCUCAUCAAAAUCCCGGAGUCCACCUCAACCUUAACUGUAACGGCAGCGAAUCUAGCCUCCUAGACUGUGCACAAAUCAUACAUUUGAGCAAGUUCAGGCUGCUUACCUGCAACUUUAAUACUAAAGUCCAUUGCUCUGCUCCUCCUGUUCGGAUUUCGUCGCUAACUCCAGAAUCAGUGAAUACAGUCGUAUCUGAAGGUUCUUAUUCACCUGUUAAACUCACCUGCUCUGCUACUGGUACCCUACCACUUGUUGUGCGAUGGAACUUCCUAUCGACUAAUCUCACGGUUGCAUACCUGAGGACAUUCACCAAUACAGUCAGCGGACCAAACCUUACAUCAGUAUUGACUAUUAGUGAUCCAAGUCCAGCUAGCAAUGGAGAAUAUGAAUGCAUUGUGGAGAAUAGCCACGGGGUAACCAGAUCCAGAAAAUCGAUAGUAACAAUUAAAGUUCCUCCAACAAUUGAUGUGGAGUCUGAGCCCUUUGCUGAAGAAGGAGCAAGUGCAGUCAUGCUAUGUACUGGAGAGGGCUAUCCCGCUCCUCUGCUCUCAUUCUCAAAGAACGGAGUGAGGAUCCUCACUUCCUCUUCCUCUUGUCACAUGACCAGCAAUAGCGUGUUCCCUGGGGUGUACAGGUGUACCCUGAGUUACAGUAUUACUAAUGUCAAUAUGUCGGAUGCUGGCUCUUAUAUUUGCGAAGCGUCAACUAACGGAACGUUCCCAGUCCAAUAUAAAACAACAUACUUAUCUGUUUGGGGAGCUCCCAAGGUGGUGAAGAAACCAGCCAACACAACAAUCUUCCUUCAUCCAAGUGACUCGGGAGUCGUUGCUAAUCUAACGUGUAUCGUAAAAGGUUUGCCAUUACCUGUCAUUGACUGGUACAGGAUUGCAGAAGGAACACUCAGGAGUCUCAUUGAAGGAAACAGCGAAGAGAAAAGAUGGAGGAUUGUAACUAAGAGCUCUCUAUCAGAGUCUACAGUACAUUCCAGUUUACUUAUCAGUAACAUUAGAAGUGAAGAUCAAGGGAUGUAUCAGUGUAUUGGUGCCAACAGUUUGGGAUCUGUUAGGACCGAGGCUAGUCUAUACGUACAUGCUGCCCACUCAGCCAUCAUACAAGCCCUUCCAUCCUCUGUACUGAUCGAAGGAAGCAAACUGACUCUUCUCUGCAGUGUAUAUCAUCAACUCAGUGCAAAAGAAUACGCUAGUUUUACUUGGACUAAAGAUGACGAGCCCAUAAAGCAGAAGAUACCAUUCAACUCAGUGAUGACAUUUAAAUCAAUCUCACUCGCAGACUCUGGUCAAUACCAGUGCAUAUACAGGACAUCGACCGGGCAGACUUUAAGAGCAUCCAUUAACAUAAGAGUAGAAGCUCAUCUUAAAAUUCAGUUAAAGGGUGACAGCCCUGUAGUGUUUGGCCAUAAGAUGUGGCUCAUGAUAGAAAGCAACAAACCAACCAGUGGAAUCCACUGCUCCGUAGGAAGACUAACAAAGGACUGCUCAUCUGGUGAAGUAACUUUUGAUGAUCUAUCGUGCAGUAUCCACAAUAUUGAGCCAUAUCCUCUCUCGCUCACCGUCAAUGCUACAAGUGCACUUGGUGAAGUCUCUCUCAUUGUGAGAAAGUUUUACAUGGACUCUCCUCUCCUUUGCUCUGUCCAUCUCAUUAAUGAAGGGAUAACAGUCAAUGGUAGUCAAGUGAUGGUGGAGUUUACAGGAAUGGGACCAGUCAAAUACUACAAGUGCAGUUUGGACUCAAACAGACCUCGUUUAUGUAGCAGCCCAUUGGUGUUGAACAAUGUUUCUGGAGGAUAUCACACUCUGACUAUAAGGCCAAGAGGUUGCUACAGCAGAGUUGAGAAACCCCUCUCUGAAAGCUUCAUGAUCGCUUGAGAUCAAAGAAAGACAUUGCAAAA